ACACAUCUUUUUAUCACAGAUUCGUUAAGUUCACAUACAAGUAUGGAUCAGUUAACACAAUUGGAACCUGUCGAAUAUCAUUCUUUAGACGAAGAUGAAAUAAGGCUGAUCAGUUUUGAUGUGAACUACUCACCCGUUAUAAAAUGUUACCUUCAUCAUGAAAAGCUGUCAUCCAACCCAUCUUUCUGCGCCCUAUCAUACGUAUGGGGCAGCACAGAAAACAUGCAGGUCAUAAUCGUUGAUGAGGGCUCGCUCCAAGUUACGCAAAACCUCUACGACGCCUUACUUGAAUUCAGGCGGAGAUUGCUCGAGGAUCCAGAGGAGCUGAUCGACGAAGACCCUAGGAAUUUCUACCUCUGGGUUGAUGCUAUUUGUAUCAACCAAACUGACAUUGAAGAAAAGGCCUUCCAGAUACCGAAAAUGGGCGAUAUCUACACUAUGAGCGAACAAGUUGUGGCAUGGCUAGGUCCAAUAAACCCAGAGGAACGGGACUCUGUGGCGGAAAUGUCAGCAUUGUUAGAAACUUUCCAGCGCCGAGCUGGUGGCCCAGACGCUCCACUGCGGCAGGUCAUUGAAGAAUACACAGAAGAAAAUCUAAAAGAGGCCAGGAACCAGUCAGAAUUGUCCAAAUUUAUCGCAACAUUGAAAAAAGUCGGAAAUAAUGCAUGGUUUACCCGCAUUUGGAUUGCACAGGAAGUUGUUCUUGCCCAGAAACGACCUAUCUUACUUUUAGGCCCUGUAUCAAUGGAUCUGAAGGCUUUUUUAUCCGCAUGGAUCUACUUGGUAUUCCGGUCAGACUAUGUUAAGUCGUCAAGUCCCUUGACAUACUUCAUGCUCCGGGGCCAGUAUGAGCCGCUUCCACGUGGCGAUGUCGACCAGAUGAGUACUGCUGAUCUAGAAGCUUACCACGCUUUCAAAAUCCUCCGAUGGCUCGACAGAACUUACCAUCUCAAUGCUACCGUACCUCAUGAUCGCAUAUAUGGAUUAUUGGGAUUGCUCAGGGGUUGGUCGCUUCCACAGUCGAUGCUUCCCGAUUACAAACAACCAUAUGAGAACGUUUAUUUCCAGUACACCAGAUUCAUCCUCUCAAAAGCGAAAGACACCAGGGUGCUAGGAUUAGGUCCUAUCGGAGCUCUGAAUGGCGUCCCGUCUUGGGUUCCCGAUCUUCGGAAUCAAGUCCCAAUUGGAGUCGACAAUGAACCUGAUAAUCCCUCUUGCUCGUGCUUCAGCUUUUCAAUAGAAACGAACGUUUUAAGGAUGCCAGGAAUAAUAUUAGGACGUUGUAUUUCUGUCUUUCCAGCUCAACCACCUCGAACUGCAACUGAACCGAUCUAUCCACUAAGCAAAUAUCUUGACUGUGAGAAGGCGAUACUUUCAGUAAGCUCCUCAUUAACAGAUAUCCCACGUAAUCAACUUCUUCAACAAUGGCUACGGAGCCGAGUAUCUCGAUUCUUCCAGAAUGAUCCAUGGGAUUGGCCUGAUGGUUUCGAACAGGCUUUCGUGAAUGCAUAUGAAUCCAUGAUACAGGACAAGCCAUUCAUUCGACCGGAAUUCAUGAUGAGGAAGUGGCCUACAAUAGAGGAGGAGGCAAAUGAUUUACUAUACAGUGCAAAAUGGCAGUAUAUGAUCCUCGGACAGGGCUCAUUUGUGCUGGAAGAUGGUACAACGGGAUUCCUCUGGGACGACCACGCUAACCCCGAACAAGGCGACAUAUUAUGCGUGUUUCCAGCGCUUCUGUCGCCUAUUCUGGUGCGAUCAGACAGUAACGGCCAAUACAGGAUGGUUGGUACUACCACGUUAGAUAAAUACCCGCGAGGCCUCGAUGAUGAUCAAAAGGGAUAUCAAGACUAUUCUGAGCAAUUCGUCAAAGAUACCCAAAACGCAAACCAAAGUAUGGUAUAUUUUGAUAUAAUCUAAGCUAUCUAUCGAUGAUAUUUCAUGUUCAUUUAUUAUAUUUACCUAGUAAGGUACCUAAGGUAU